UUCUCCGUAUAAGGUAGCUAAUUUAACUUGGGGUGCGGUUAGGUGGAUGGGUGAUAGCUGAAACGUGUUGGGAAAACUGGAUGAGGGGUUUCUCAAAAUGGCGCCGUGCGGCCCGGCUGGAACUGAGUGAUCCCUCCCUCCCUCCCUCCAUGACCGUGUGACGCAGUCUGCGCCACUUGGUCGGAUGGUCCUGGCUUGUACUGAUAUACUAUGGUGGGCCCCUCCCGAGUGUUGCAAUCUCGCAACCUUGUUUCUCCUUGAAUGCCCGUCGAUGGGUAGUCGCUCAGAAGUGCUCCACUGAGAGCUGUUGCGCAGCCAUUGGUACCUGUGUCGGGGAAACCUAACCAACAAACGGGGGACUUGCAGCCUGAGUGGCGCAAACUUUUUCAUGUCAGAGACCGAGUACACUUGCAAUUGUUUAUGUCAUCCAUUCUUCUUCAGACAGAAGAUACCAAAAAAUUCCAUUCAAAGAUCUUUUCACUUUACUCAUAAAUCUAAUAGUAAACCAGAAUGGCUGUCAACGUCAACCGCAGUGUGUCUGACCAAUUCUAUCGGUACAAAAUGCCCCGUCUGAUUGCUAAGGUCGAGGGCAAAGGGAAUGGUAUAAAGACAGUAAUAGUCAACAUGGUUGAUGUUGCCAAGGCGCUUAAUCGGCCUCCAACGUAUCCCACCAAGUUUUUUGGUUGUGAGCUGGGAGCUCAGACCCAGUUUGAUUCAAAGAAUGACCGUUAUAUUGUGAAUGGAUCUCAUGAGGCGAAUAAGCUGCAAGACAUGCUGGAUGGAUUCAUUAGGAAAUUUGUCCUUUGUAAUGAGUGUGAGAAUCCUGAAACUGACCUGCAUGUCAAUCCAAAGAAACAAACUAUUGGUAUUUCCUGUAAAGCCUGUGGAUACAGAGGCAUGCUUGACACACGCCACAAACUCUGCACGUUCAUUCUUAAAAAUCCACCUGAAAAUGGAGAUGGUGGCUCAGCCAAGAAAGAGAAGAAAACCAAAAAGGGUAAAGACAAGGAGAAUGGAUCAGUACCUAAUUCAGAAUCAUCCACCCACAAUGAGUUUGAUGCACCAGAAGCAGUGGAUGGUGAAGAUGAUGACGAUGAUUGGUGUGAAGAAACUACAGAGGAAGCCCAGAGGCGUCGAAUGGGUGAAAUCAGUGAGCAUGCCAAAAACUUGACACUCAGUGAUGAUCUGGGAAAAACAUUAGAGGAAAGAGUGAACUUAUUCUACAACUUUGUCAAGAAAAAGAAGGAAGAGGGCAUUAUUGAUUCUGCUGAUAAAGAUCUUCGAUCAGAAGCUGAAAGACUGGAUGUAAUAGCUAUGGGCCCUCUCAUACUAAGUGAACUGCUUUUUGAUGAGAACAUACGAGAUCAGAUCAAGAAAUAUAAACGGCACUUUCUACGUUUCUGCCAUGGUAAUAAAAAGGCUCAGAAGUAUUUACUCGGUGGCUUUGAGUGUCUGGUGAAAAUACAUCGGGACCAACUGCUGCCCAGAGUUCCACAUGUAUUGAAGCAGCUUUAUGAUGCUGAUCUCUUGGAAGAAGAGGUUAUUCUUGCCUGGGCUGAGAAAGUAUCCAAGAAGUAUGUCCCCAAAGAACUUGCCAAAGAGAUACAUGCAAAGGCAGAUCCAUUUAUUAAGUGGCUAAAAGAAGCUGAAGAGGAAUCUGAAGAGGAAGAGGAGGAAUCUGAAGAGGAGAAAGAUGUGGAGGUGGUUUACGAUAGCUCUGCAAGAGAACUGAAAGUGGAAACUCUGAAACCCAUUAAGACAAAAGAGGAAGAGGAUAUAGAUAUUGAUGCUAUUUGAUGUAUUCUUGCAGGGGACAAAAUCAACCCAUAAAUCUUGCAGCAGAGCAGUCAGUAACGAAGAAAUUGCUGUGUUUAAACGGCAGUUGCUGAAUUCGGACUCUGCUAGUCAAAUUCUCCAAUAUGACUCUAGUAACACUUCACCAUCGCCUCCCUACCAGUUAGGAACUGACAGCAUGUCCAAAGUCUAAAUGGUAGACUGGUCCUGCAAAUUUUUUUUUAUUUGUCUAUACAUUUUCUCUUGUUGCUAUUGGGUAACACUUCAGCAUUUACUAUGCAUUUCUACAGGGAUGUAAAUUACAAAUUAAAGGGGUUUGUGUUCUGCA